AUGGUCCUUGAUGAUAACGAUAUCAUUGUUGUUGGAGGCGGUCCUGGCGGCAUUGUCUCGGCAACAAAAUUUGCGGAAGCUGGGCUUAACACGCUGUUGCUUGAGCAUGGUGGCCCUAUGCUGUGGCGCGAUGGAAAUCGUGAGGUUCCAGCUUGGACACAGAAAGAAUACCCAAACAACACGUUAACCAGGCACGAUGGCAUGGUCUACUACCUGGCACCUAGCGAUGUGAACUACUACUGCCUUAAUCUGCCAACCGGCCAGCGUGCAGCGUGCCAGCUAGGUGGUGGCACAUCUGUUAACGCUAUGCAGCAAUGGUGGCCACCGCGCGCCUACCUUGAGAACACAUUUGACUUUGACGGAUGGACUGUGGCCGACUUCGACGCGGCAAUUCAUAGAACGGUUAAGCGCAUCCCCCACACACCAUAUUGGUCUACCGACAACAAGUUUUAUCAAGACGAGGUGUACGGCCUGAUGUCUAAUGUGCUGUCCUCUAUUGGUCUCAAUGAAGUGAAUAACACAGUAGAUGUGGACAACAAGUACAAUACUUUUGGUCGCGACAUGUUUGCUCAGGCAGGUGGCCAGCGAGGAGGGCCGUCGGUCGGCUAUCUACAGGAUGCUAAGCGACAUCCUAAUUUUACACUAAAGCUCUACAGCCCUGUCACACGGGUUGUUCGGACAGGGAGCCAGAUCACAGGCGUGUAUGUCAAUGGCACGAUUAUCAAGGCCAAGAAUGUCGUCCUCUCUGCCGGUGUUUGGAACACCCCCGCUCUACUAUUUGCCUCUGGCAUCGGCCCUGUGUCUGAGCUGAUUACGGCAGCUGCCAUCGGCUAUACGCCCUACGAACAGAAUGAGUGGAUUAUUAACAAUGCCGUUGGAGCUAAUCUGCACGAUAACCCGACCGGCCUUGUCAGCUUCACAUAUAAUGACACUAAAGCCCUGCCAUACUAUAACAUUACAGGUUUCUACGAUGGCAGCAACUACAUUAAAGCCGACGCGGAUUUGUUGUUUAGCCAGCGUGCAGGACCGCUUACAAUUGUGCCACGCAUCCUAUGCGGCUGGAUUAAGGUGGCUUACCCUCUUGAUACGAGCAAGUAUAUGAACAUUCAGGUUAUUUGUUCUUCUCCGAACGUCGAGGAUGGCUCCUUCCAAUGUCAAUUCAACCUAAACGAGGGCGCGCUCAGCCGUGGCCGGAUCACUCUCAAUACUACUGGCACGCUAAGCUUCGCCGAUGGGGCGGGGCCUUGGUUGACCGAUCCUAAUGGACUGGAUGUGGAGCUCUAUGCGCAAGCUCUAGAGCGGUUCGUCAAUGGUUCUAGUAAAUACCCUGGGCUUACUGUGACCGAUCCCGUCCCUGGCACUAUCCAGUCUUACCGUGAGUGGCUCGGGGAACACGCGAACAAAACCAACAAUCUUGGAACAAGCGAUGGCACCAAAUACAACAACGGCUCGUGUGCCGACAUUAACGCAAAGGUCUACGGCACAGACAACCUAUUCGUCAUAGACGGCUCACUAAGCCCAGCGCCAACGACCUCCAAUCCAACGUUUCUAUACGAGGCAAUGGCGGAGCUUGCCAGCGAACGCAUUAUCAACCUACUAACGGUGAACAGUUAG